UUUGCGCCCGGGGAAACGCCGGCGUGACUCCCCGGGGUGUGGCCUGAGGACUUCGGCGACGCCUCGCCAAAGGGCGGCCCCCUCCUCAACCCGGAAGGCAGAGCCCGCGAGGCAGCGGCGAGCCGGGCGUGCUCACUGGCGCGGGCCGGGCCCGCAGCCUGGGCAGAAGAGACCCGCGCUAGGCGGCCCCCUGCGCGGCCAGCUGGACGCGGGCGGAGUCGGCGCCCCAGCGCAGGGUGGCUCUGCCAGUCCCCGCGCGCCUGAGCGGCCGCACACGUGUCCAGGCGUCACGUCCGCGCGCGCCCCCGGGGCUUGCGUCAGCUGCCGCUUCAGAAGCUGGUGGGCCGGGGUUCUGCGCACCGCUCGGGUUCGGGGCCCGCGACGCCGCCGGGAGGAGGAGUCUGGGGGCGCGGAGGGGUGUUGGGAACGUCGGGGGCCGCGGAGAUCGUUGGCGCAGCCCAGUCCCCGGCCUGCCCGGCGCCGGCCGUCUCCGCUGCUCGGUUCCGGGCAGGGCGCGGUGGCGUUGCCUCGGAGCCUGCCGCCCGCGGGGCGUGCACCGCCUUGACCCCGGCGGCCCCGCGGCAGGCAGGCGCCCGCAGUUCCAUGGUUGGUUCGGAGCGCGAUGAGCCGCCCGUCCUCCACCGGCCCCAGCGCUAACAAACCCUGCAGCAAGCAGCCGCCGCCGCAGCCCCAGCACGCUCCGUCCCCGGCUGCGCCCCCGGCCGCCGCCACCAUCUCGGCUGCGGGCCCCGGCUCGUCCGCGGUGCCCGCCGCGGCGGCGGUAAUCUCGGGCCCCGGCGGCGGCGGCGGCGGCGGCGGCGGCGGCGGGGCUGGCCCGGUGUCCCCGCAGCACCACGAGCUGACCUCGCUCUUCGAGUGCCCGGUCUGCUUUGACUAUGUCCUGCCCCCCAUCCUGCAGUGCCAGGCCGGGCACCUGGUAUGUAACCAAUGCCGCCAGAAGUUGAGCUGCUGCCCGACGUGCAGGGGCGCCCUGACGCCCAGCAUCAGGAACUUGGCUAUGGAGAAGGUGGCCUCGGCAGUCCUGUUUCCCUGCAAGUACGCCACCACGGGCUGCUCCCUGACCCUGCACCACACGGAGAAGCCAGAGCACGAAGACAUCUGUGAAUACCGCCCCUACUCCUGCCCUUGCCCCGGGGCCUCCUGCAAGUGGCAGGGGUCCUUGGAAGCCGUGAUGUCCCAUCUCAUGCACGCCCACAAAAGCAUCACCACCCUGCAGGGAGAAGACAUCGUCUUCCUAGCCACGGACAUUAACCUGCCGGGGGCCGUCGACUGGGUGAUGAUGCAGUCGUGCUUCGGCCACCAUUUCAUGCUGGUGCUGGAGAAGCAAGAGAAGUACGAGGGCCACCAGCAGUUCUUCGCCAUCGUGCUGCUCAUCGGCACCCGCAAGCAAGCCGAGAACUUUGCCUACAGACUGGAGCUGAACGGGAACCGGCGGAGACUGACCUGGGAGGCCACGCCCCGGUCCAUCCACGACGGCGUGGCGGCGGCCAUCAUGAACAGCGACUGCCUUGUGUUUGACACAGCCAUAGCGCAUCUGUUUGCGGAUAAUGGCAACCUUGGAAUCAAUGUGACCAUUUCUACGUGUUGUCCAUGAGGCGCCGCAGUUAUCUGGGCCCAGGGCUCUAUGGGGAAUAAAGGUUUUUACAGAUGUUCUAUUCGCUGUGUCUUCACGGAUCAAGACCCACAGUUAACCCCAUGUUCUGUUUGAACAAGCAGCUUCCCAUCUGGCAUUGGCCCAACAGAGUUCGUUAAACAGGGAUGAAUGCGGUUGGCCUGCUAGUCAUUUGGAGUCUGUUCUGUGAUCUAAAAUCAACUUUGUUAUUAAAUUUUAUUUACUUCCUGAACAGCACUUGACAGGUUGCUCAGGGCUCCUGUAGACCAGUACGUUAGGAAUGGAGGCUCCUUCCUGCCUGACUCCCUCUCUUGGUUCCUCCAAGUGGACAAAAGCACAGUGACUGUCGAUAGAUUCCUUAACUUUUACCUUUUUAGGGGAGUAGGAAUUGUUUUAAUGCAUUUUAAACAGUGUUCUCAAACUGGAUGGCUAGCCAAUAGACAGAAUCACCUGUAGUUCUCAUCUGAAACAUCCAGAUCUGGGGAGCCUGUGAAUUUAACAAUCUCGUCAGGUGAUUCUGUUCGACAAUAAAGUUUGAGAAUUGCUGGAUUAAAUUGUGGAAAGGGUCCAGAUUUUAAAGGUGCUUUACGAUUGCCCUCUACUGAUACUGUUUGUCUUUCUACUAUUUCAUGCCCCCACCACCUACCAUUCCCAAAUUAAAACCAGAACUGCAGAUCCCCAUGAACACACUCCUGAGAUUUGGUCACUCUCUUGUGUUUGGGGUGAAUUGCCUAGGAAAGCAAAUCAUAUGGCCACUGAUAGUUACCACAUAGUUUUUGCUCAUCACUAGUACAGAUGACCUGUUUACAUGUGGCUUCCCUCAGAGGCCAUCCUUGACUGUAGAUGGUGGGAAAGACUAGAUCAGUAGAGUUGGAAAAGCUUUAUAACCGGUGUCAUAUGCUUGCUAUUUAAAGGUAUGUGUUGGAUUGUUGUUGUUUUUUGCCACAUUCACUUUAGUUUUUUAAUAAAUACUUUCCAAAAAUGAAUAUCAUGCUGCUUUUUCCCAGUUGUAUAAUGUUUAUGUAUUGGGUGCUUACUGUGUACAGGUACGUGAAACCUCACCACUACCUUGGGCUUGCAGCUAUCACUAUUUCCACAUGAAGAAAUAGUCAUUUGUCCCAGGUCCUGACACGGGUCUGUCUUAGAACUGGGGUCCAAACUCACUUCCCUGCACCAUGCACAGUCCUCGGUGUUACUGGUCUCUUCCUUGGAGAUGUUCUUUCAAGUGCCAGCACUUGUGGAAGAAGAGUAUUUCUCCUGUGUUACAGAAUCAGAAGGAAGAGCCUUGGCUAAAGCUGACGUCCAGAGUGUCCCAGGUUUGAGCCAGGGUGACCCACUCUCUCAGUCCCAAUCCUGAACUGUCAGAGGAAUUCCGAACAUUAGCCCCAUAUGCCUGGUGCGGAUGGAAGACUGCUUAACUGAGCGGCCCAAUGACAUUAGCAUAGCACCCAAUGGAAGGGAUGGCUUUAAAGUUGUUUUCGUCUUUUAGGUGAGAUGCAGUGUUGAGUUUUUGUCCAGGAUAGGUUCUAGAAAAGGUUCUAGAAAGUUUCACUGUACACAGCUCGGCCACAGACAUUUCUGCCACGAGUGUUAUUGCCACAAACAUUUUCACUGCCUAACUAAUUGGCCAUAAGGCAAUUUUGCCAUGAAAGACAAAAACCACAAAAAAUAAAAGUGGGAGAUUCAUUAAAAAGGACAUAAUGAAGGGCGCCUGGGUGGCUCAGAUGGUUAAGCGUCUGCCUUCGGCUCAGGUCAUGGUCCCAGGGUCCUGGGAUCAAGCCCUGCAUUAUUGGGCUCCUUGCUCCACAGGGAGCCUGCUUCUCCCUCUCCCACUCCCCUGCUUGUGUUCCCUCUCUCGCUGUGUCUCCCUCUGUCAAAUAAAUAAAAGCUUUAAAAAAAAAAGGGCAUAAUGAAACAUGAAAAAUAACAAAACAAAAAGAUUAUUGUGGAAUACAAAAUAUUUUUUUAGAGAGAGAGUGUGGGAGCGGGGUGG